AGGUUGCGGUAUAUCCAGGAAACGUACUUUCGCUUUACAUGUCAAAACCUAAAGGGUUCAAGUAUAGAAGUGGGCAGUACAUAUAUGUUAACUGCUCCGACGUCUCACCAUUUCAAUGGCAUCCGUUUUCAAUUACUUCGGCUUCUGGAGACGAGUUCCUCAGCAUUCAUAUCCGCACCCUCGGCGAUUGGACAUCACAACUCAAAUGCUUAUUUUCGAAGGUUUGUCAACCUCCGUCAACAAGUCAAAGUGGGCUCUUCACAGCUGACUUAGUUCAAGCCAAUAACAUAACCAGGUUUCCGAGGCUUUUGAUCGAUGGUCCAUAUGGCGCCCCAGCACAAGACUACCGAAACUACGAUGUAUUGCUUCUGGUAGGCCUAGGUAUCGGAGCGACCCCAUUAAUCAGUAUACUUAAGGACGUUCUUAACAACAUCAAGAAUCACAAAUCCAUUGAAGAAGGCACAAGCCACAAUGUCAAUAGAAGCAACACAAAACGAGCUUAUUUCUAUUGGGUAACAAGAGAGCAAGGAUCUUUAGAAUGGUUUAGUGAGGUCAUGAACGAGGUAGCUGAGUAUGAUAGUGAGGGAAUUAUUGAGCUACAUAACUACUGCACGAGCGUCUAUGAGGAAGGAGACGCGAGAUCAGCACUAAUCACGAUGUUGCAGUCAUUGCACCACGCCAAGAACGGCAUUGAUAUUGUGUCAGGUACUCGGGUCCGGACCCAUUUCGCAAGACCCGAUUGGCGCAGCGUUUUCAAGCAUGUCGCGGUGAACCACAUCAAUCAACGAGUUG